AUGCCUCCCGUAAAAGCCGAGCCUGGCACUGCCGGCGUCAAGACGGAGAAUGGCAGAGCUGCCGCUCCAAGACCACAACCUGCCAACGGCACUAGCAACAAUGCUCGUUCCAACCUUAACUCGGAGGAGGACAAGAAGGAUCUACCACCACCUCCGCCCACCACGUAUCGAGACAUCCCUCUGCUCUCCACUGACUGCGGUCAGUGGCUCACUCACCUCAUGAAGUUUGCCCAUCACACCCGUGUCGACCCCAACGACACCGCUCAGUUCAUCCCACCGCUCAAGCUCAAUCGCAAGAACCCGCCCAGGCUCAAGCUGCCGCGUCCCAAUCCGGGAGACCCCAUCACCGACAAGUACAACAGACCCAUGAUGGGCAAGGACGGUCAGCCUCUCACAUGGCCCGGACCGGACGACGAUCUGCAGCGCAUUGAAGAAGUGAUCAAAAGGGACAACGCGCCUAAAGGGCCAGGUGCUGAUCAGAGUCUCAUCGCGCCAGGUGGCAGCGCUCGUCCGCCCAAAGCCAAGCUGUUCAAGAAGAAAGUCAGAGAGAUCCACAAGGCUGCCGACAGUGCAAGGAAAACCAUGAAGGAGGAACACUUCCCAUGGGUGCUCGAGGAUUUCGAAACUUCCGAAGAUUGGGAGAGCGUUCGCACUCCCUUCCCCACCGGUGCACGGGCUCUGCAGGAUCACAUCGACGAGCUCAAGGCCAAGCGAUCCGGUAGCAGCGGUACCGACGCUAACGGCGAUGUCAAGAUGAACGACACCAACACCAAGGUCAAGGCCGAAGGUGGUAUCAAGCACGAGUCGGGCGCAUCUGCCUCUGCCUCGUCCUCCACUUCGCAUGCACCGUGGAUCGGUAAGCUCGAAGGCGACUCGAGCUCCGAGGCCUCGUCGCUUCAUGUGCUCUUUGUCUUUGACGAGCGUGACGCGGGUGGGUUCAAGGUGGUACCCGUCUCGCGCAUGUACAAGUUCCUACAAAAGCCCAAGCAUUCCACCAUGACCAACGAGCAGGUGGAGCAGGAAUACCAAAAGUACCAAAAGACCAAAGAGAUGGACCGAUGGGCCCUGCGGAACAAGCCCGUCUCGGCCGGUGCAUCCGUGUCCAAGCACGAAGACAAUGCAACUUGGCGCAGCUGGCCUCAGGUCAAUCGACUCUCGCUGCCCACCGGCAUGUCGUUUGGUGCAGGUCGUCGCCGCAACCUCAUGGCCGUUCACGGUGGGGAGUUGCUGCGCGAUGACGACGAUGACGACGCGAGCGCAUCGCGUAGACGCAAGCGCGAAGACAGUCCUGGCGCUGGGUACGACGAGCUCGACUUUGAAGAGGAAUUCGCCGAUGACGAAGAGUUGCACGACCCCGAGGCCGAUGUCGCAGAGGAUGAGGAGGCCAAGGAGCUCGAGGAGCGUCUCAAGCGAGAAAUGGCGCGCGCCAACCAUGUCGGAGACGAAGAGGACGCAGCGGAAGAGGCGAGUGCGCCGGAAGACGAGGACCAGAUCUUGACCGGAAGCGGCAAGCAGAUGAUGAAGAUCAUGCGUGCUCUUGCCAAGCGCGAAGGCAACGAAGUGUACGACAAGGAUGACGACGGGCGCAAUCCGUACGCCACGGACGAUUCCGAAGAGGAUGAGGAGGAAUCGUACGUAGCCAACCCCGAAAAGGCGAUCCAACUGGCUCGCGAAGAGCGCGAGAGGAAGGAGAAGGAGGCGGCCAAGAACAAGGACAAGACGACACCGGGAAGCGCCUCUGGGUCCAACACGCCCAGCAAUCGUCCCGAAAAGCGCCCUGUGCCACCCGCCGCCUCCAGCGCCAGCCAGACGCAGCGUCCUGGAGCGGGUCACGCAAGUCUGGCGCACCGCGCUACCAGCCCGACACGCGGAGCAUCCAAGAUUGGCAGCAAGCAGGUCAGUCGCUCAUCGAGUCCAAGCCUUGCUCGCAGCGUCAGUCCUGGCCGAGCAGAGUCGCCGCCGCUGGCAACCUCGGAUGCUUCCGCCGCGAACUCUGGGCUGAAACGAAGAGCCGACAGCCCUGCAUCGUCAGCUACGACUUUAGCUGGGGGAUCCAACGCGUCCAGCAGCCAUCCCGAAGCCAAGCGGGUCAAGACAGGCAGCACCGGUUCUCGAGCCGGCUCGCCCUCGGGAUCGCCGCCGGGCUCGAAACCAGCUUCGCGUGCAGGAAGCCCCGGCGCACCGCGCGUGCCUGCGAACGCGGUGGAAGCCGAGAUCAUCCAGCUUAUCCGAGAAGGCAAGAUCGCCAACACGAGCGAGCUAGUGCAGCACUUCCGAAAGCGUCUCAAGUCGGAACCGCACAUCAAGGAUCAGCUGAGUGCAGCGGUGCGCAAGGUGGCCGUGAUGGAUAAGGCGACCAACCGACUCAAGCUCAAGGAUGGAUUCUGA